GAAAUGGUUGACCGUUCGAAGCGAUACAAUGAAACAGCUACAAUAAACUCCCUCGAGUAUCUUCUUAAGAUCUAUAAAGAUCCUCCAAGUGAUUUUAAAGAACUUGUGAAGGAAUUGGUUGAGAAGGAAUAUGCAGGAUUACGAAGUCGUGUCCGAGGAUGGAUAGAUGAAAGCAGUCCGCCUUCAUUCCCUGUUAUGAACUCCAAGGGUUUCAAAAUGGCUCUUGAAAAAGCAGUCAAUCGUCUAGACGCAGCUAUCAAACCACUUGCGGAGCAGGAACGCUCCGAAGAGCCUAUGGAAAUAAACAGAGAUGAUCAAGCUGAGCGAAUAUAUGAAUGGUCAGUGCCAGUACAACCGCGCAAAACACCGAGGCCACAACGUCCUAGCUCUCGCAUACAAUAG